AUGUACAUACAGAUCUACUUCGACACGACGGCGAACUUCUCCAAGGCGCAGAUCGGCGUGCUGCUUUCCAUUCCGUGCAUCUGCGCCAUUGUGAGUCCACCGGUGUGGGGAGCCAUCGCCGAUGGGAUCCACAACCAGAAGCUGGCGCAUACGGUGUGCCUCGUGUCGGCAGCGUUCCUGUUCUUCUCGAUCCAGUACGUGACGUCGUUCCCGCUCAUGUGCGCGAUGGUCUUCAUCGCCAACUUCCAGACGCAGCCGUCGUUCUCGCUUCUUGAUCAUGCGGCGAUGGCGUGGCUGGAGCGCGUUGGUGGCGACUACGGCAAGCAGCGUCUGUACGGCGCGGCGGGCUACGGCGCCGGAGGCUACUUUGCCAGUGUGGUGGCGUCCGUCUCGCUCUUCCUCCUGCUGACGUACGUCCCGAAUAUUCAGCACGAGGCUGAGCACCACCAAAAGGGAGAACUACUCAAGAGUAUGAAGGCUAUUCUGCACCAGCACGACGUGCUUGUGCUCUUCGUGAUCACCAUCUCGGAGCUGCCGUUCUUCUUCCACGCCAACAAGAUCAUCGAGCGCUUCGGUACUCCCAAGUGCGUCUUCGUCAGCUUGAUCGCGUACGGCAUUCGGAUGAUCACGUACAUGUUCGUGCAGCACCCGUGGCUGGUGCUGCCGGUCGAGGUCCUGCACGGCUUGACCUACGGCUUGCUGCUGGCGGCGUUCACCAAUUACAUUUACGAGGCGGCCCCCAAGGGCACUGAGGGAACGAUGAUCGGCGUGCUCUUCGCCGUGCAGCGCGGAAUCGGUGGCGGCUUGAGCACGCUCGUCGGCGGGUGGAUCUACGGCGCGCUGGGCGGCCGCAUGAUGUGGGGCAUCGCGGGCUUCAUCGUGUUCCCGCUGUCGCUGGUGUUCACGGCUGGCUUCGCGUGCCUCGCACGCAGCUACGCAGCACAGAGCCCAACUGCCAGCAAGGAGGACUCGGGCAGCAUUACGUCCGACGAGAGCUCGCUGCUCGCCACCUCCGCGGACUACGGCACAACGGACGUCAGCGCGCAGUGCUGA